UUGUAAUUAUUUAUGGUUAUAAUUUAUUGUAAUAAAUAAUUUUAACUAGACAUUUUUAUCUGUAUAAAAAAUCAAAAUCUUCAUGUAAUUAAGGAAAUUACAUGCAUAUAAUGCAUUUAUUGUAAGGUCCCUAGAGGGCAGGAGGUCAACAUAAUACUCUGUAACUGAGGAUCGACGCCAAGGCGUUGCGCGUGGAGUCAGAGUGAUUUUAUGUGAUGGUCCUUGUUCCAAUUGUGUUUUCAAUUAAUUUUUGAAAUAUAACAUGUUGUGAUUACAAUAAAAGUAAUACUAGGAUAAGAUCGACACCAGCGCGUGUCAAAUGAAUCUCAUUGAAGGAUGAAUGGAGAUAGUGGACAAGUGUACUUUAAAAGAUUAGAGGAAUCAUUCUAAACGUGAGAAAACAAUCCUGAAUGUUUGAAUAUUUUUAUUAUAUCAAAAAAUGGAUCCUCAUGAAGCAGAGCUGAUUGAAAACUUGGAGAGGGAAGUUGAAGGACUAAAGGUUCGACUGGAAGAUGAAAGAAAAAAAUUGAAUGAUGUCAAAUUGGCUGAAGUUGCUGACCGAUUAGAAUCCAUUUCUUGUAUCAAUCUUAAACAGCGAAGAAUUUUGAAGGGUCAUCAAGCUAAAGUACUAUGUUCAGACUGGUCUCCGGAUAAGAGACAUAUAGUAUCCUCUUCUCAAGAUGGAAAGAUGAUAAUUUGGGAUGCUUUCACUACUAAUAAAGAACAUGCAGUUACUAUGCCCACCACUUGGGUAAUGGCUUGUGCUUAUGCCCCCAGUGGUGCUCUAGUUGCUUGUGGAGGCUUGGAUAAUAAAGUAACAGUAUAUCCUUUAAGCUUAGAAGACGAUGUUAGCACUAGAAAGAAGACAGUUGGUACUCAUACAUCUUAUAUGUCUUGUUGUGCAUUUCCCAACAGCGAUCAGCAAAUUUUAACUGGCAGCGGAGAUAGUACCUGUGCUCUUUGGGAUGUAGAAAGUGGCCAGCUGCUCCAAAAUUUCCACGGACAUUCUGGUGAUGUUAUGGCUAUUGAUUUAGCACCAAGUGAAACCGGUAAUACUUUUGUCUCUGGUAGCUGCGAUAAAAUGGUACUUAUCUGGGACAUGAGAAGUGGCCAAUGUGUUCAAAGUUUUGAAGGCCAUGAAUCAGAUGUAAAUUCUGUACGAUUUCAUCCUGGUGGAGAUGCUGUUGCUACUGGAUCAGAUGAUGCUACUUGUCGUCUCUUUGAUUUACGUGCAGACAAAGAAGUAGCUGUUUAUGCGAAAGAGAGUAUCAUUUUUGGAGCUAAUGCUGUUGACUUAAGUGUGAGUGGUCGCUUACUUUUCGCUGGUUAUAACGACUAUACUGUUAAUAUCUGGGAUACUUUAAAAUGUCAACGAAUAGUUUCACUCUAUGGACAUGAAAAUCGUGUUUCUUGUCUUCAAGUUUCACCUGAUGGAACUGCUCUUUCUACUGGUAGUUGGGAUGCAACACUUCGUGUUUGGGCUUAGAAUCGUUUCCAUUUAAAGUUGUAUUUAGUUUCACUUUCAUCUCACUGGUUAUCAAUAAUCGUGUGUGAUAAAAAAAAAGUACCAAUGUGCAUUUAAACCAGUUCUAGAUAUUAUACAUGCCACAAGUGUAGGAUAAAGAUGUAGGAUAUACAUAUAUAAAUAUCAUGUAUGUUAAAUCAAAACAAAAAAAAAAACAAAACCAAAGUAUUUAUGGAUAAAUGAAAUGGGUACAUGAACAGCUGAAUGCAUAAUUGUUGUAUGAAUUUACAAAAUAUAUAUAUAUAUAUAAAUAUGAAAUGAUGAUUUAUGUACGAAGAAAAUUUUUUAAAAUCUUCGUCAAGCAGUUAUUGAUUUUAAAAUAUAUUGAAUUGAAAAUAUGUUUGAGCUCGUUUUGAAAGAAUUCAUAUGGUUUUAUUUGCAUUAGAUUUUGUCUUUUGAUGAAUUAUUUUAAGAGUGUGUGAUUAAUAAUACAAUUUAACCUAUUAAUAUACACCAAAGUUAAGAAGAUCUAAUAAGUUAUAUAAAUAUCACAAUAAAAAAUAUUUUGGCAUCAGUUGAUAAUGAAAUAAAUGUAUGAAGAGAUUUAUUCGUAUUGAGAUCAAUGCAACAAUUUUAAUGUGAAAUUCUUUAAAAAUUAUUGAAAAUUUUUCUUCGUCUGUAAUAUCUAAAAUAUAAGUGAUAAAGUCACUUAAAAAAAUGUAAAUCAUUGUAUCAAUUAUCAAAUAAUAGAUAGACAACAGUAUAGACAAUAGUAAAAUAUACCUUCGAAUUAAAAAUAUGUGAAUUUUAGUUGAUAUUCAACAAAAAUGUAAAGAGUGUAUAGCAUAAAAAAGAAAUAUCAGAAUUGUAUUGUUAGGCUGGACCUAAAUUAAAGAUGAAAUAUUGAGUGAAAAUAUUUGUAAAAAAAUUGAAUUUGAAAAAUUAGGAAACAAUCUGUGUUCGAAAAUCAUACUACAUCAACUGAUAUUGUAAGAAAAUAAUAAUAAAUGAUAAAAAGAAAUAAAUUAA